AUGCUUUUGGAAGAUCAGUCGUUGAUAAAUCUACGGCACUCGGAGAGAUUCAAGAUCCUUUCUGACCUUAUCAGUUGCCGCAAGGGCUGGGCAGAACUAGUUCCGCGUCAAGUCGUCGACUUUAGUCAACCACUUGGUGCAUCGACCCUACGCAAAGCUUUUGCUUUGACUAUCUUGGCCCGAAAAGAAGGCCUUGUUUUGAAACCUGAUGAGCCAUAUUUCGACUUCGCAGAUCAACGACGAAAGUUUUCCAGUUGCUGUAUCAAGCUCAAGAAGGAAUAUAUUGGGAACUUUGGAGAUGUUGGCGACUUUGCGGUUCUCGGUGCCAAGUACGAACCAUCAAAGGCUUUGGCCUACCGGAUCCCGGGGUUGAAAUGGACACAUUUCUAUGUUGGCUGUCUCGACAAUAGAGAAGCGGUUAAAAGCUGGAAAGCUAAACCAGAGUUUACAAUCGUUAACGUUGUCGAACUCAACGAAACCCUUCUCAGGGAGGUCGUUACUUACUCAAACCCUGAGCCUGUUGCCCCGAGAGAGAACAAGGUGAUCAUACUCAAACAGGCUCCUGGCAUUGAACAAGGGUCUCCUCCUACCGUUGUAUUCACUAAGCCUUUGAUGUUCGAUCUGAAAUGUUUCAGCUUCGAUAGAGUAGGAAAUACUGGAUUUUGGAGUUUGCGAUUUCCCUCAGUGACAAAAGUCCACUUUGAUCGAGACUUCACUGACACAAUGUCGUUCGGGCAGUUGCAAGAUUUGGCCAAGAAUGCAACUACAGCUUCUGAGCUCGAGGACAGUCAGGAGAACUUGCAGUGGAUUGCAAAGCUAGAGGCAGCCGACCCACGCGGCAUUGCAGUUGACGCUGCCAGCCAACUAACAGCGACGACUUUUCCAACGCCAUCACCUCGAAAAUCAACCCAGAACACAACAUCUACAUGGUCUCCCACUUCCCCAUUAGUAACAAGGUCAACAGGCGGCAACCAAGUCAGCCCCUGCCGUGAGAAGUCCGAACGAUCACGCCCUUUAGGGUUGCCUAAUAUCGUGCAAACGUUGCCUACAACCUUUGUGCCUCCCGCUUCGUCUGCACAGCCUGUUGUUCAACCCUCUGCAAGGCAGAAACGCGAUCCGCCAACUUCACAACCGGCAUCGCCACGCAAGCGCCUUAAGUCAGACACCGAACCACCAGUGAAACACAAGCGCCUGCUCAACAACGCAAACAACUCACAACCACGCGAGCCUCUCAGCGACAUACCUCACAAUUCACGAUCUCAAACCAACAUGUCUGAUGACGGACUUGUUUGUUGUGCUGAUGAGCUCGAAUUUGAACUCGAAUUUGAUGGAGAUCAGCCAAUGGACAUCUUCUUUGGCAUGACCAUCGAAGCCGAUCAUGACGCUGGCAGUGAACUUGAGACCGAAACAGAGCCUCGUUAUGAGAAACCAGUAGUCGGCAAGGACGUUGCGCUCGCUGAAAUGGACGAGGACGAGAACGAGAAGAGCAUUCACGGAUGCGUCUACGUGGACGACGAUUGUGCAUUCGCCAUGGCAGAAGUGCUGAUUUCGCCUGGACUCCUCGAAAAUGCAAAGGUCAAGACACUCUUUGAGCUACACGGAAUUGGCGACCCAGUCGAGAACAUCGAUGCUUGGCUCGAGAGGGAGAAGCGUGGCCUGGACAGGGAGGGAAGAGCGCCCGUCACUGACAUCACCAAGAUUUACCUUUUGUGCCGAUCUAACGACCAAGAGGAAACAAAGGCUCUCCUUGACAAGAUUAAAGAGAUGCGAGAGACUAUUCCGUCCGGACAGCGGAACUGGAUUCAUGUAUACGACUGGCGCGUUCUGGAACAUGUGACCAUCAUGGAAGAUCCCUCUAUCUUGCCCAAGGACUAUGACGGCUUUCCUACCCCAUGGUGUCGCUGGCGUAUUGGGGCUGGGCUUAUCUAA